AUGCCUGAGGAGCAUCCUCGCCCGCUUGGUUCUGGCCCUGCCUUUGACAAGAUCGAAAACUUCAACUUCUUGUUUAGUCGACACGAUCCAUCAACCAAGAGUCGACCAUAUUCCCUUGACACUGACACCGGGCUGGUCCCGUUUGGCAACGUGAAUAUGGAUUACGAUCAAACGGAAGGCAUGGGAGGCUUGUCCGUUAGCUCUUACGAUAGCAUAGACGAUGACCGCUCUUUGGAUCUUCGGGGUUAUCCCUAUCAUGGUCCUACUGGUGACAAGUCCAUCAAUUACUCUAUCCCCGAUCACAUGAUGCCGUACUCGGCUCACUCCAUCUACCCGCCUGUCCCAUUUGCGCCCGACGAGCUCGGCCACGCUCCGGGACAGAUGACUCCCUCGGACGUCUCAUCGUCCAUCUCCCCGCCCAAUGGCCAGAUGGGCAACACCAAGUACAGCACCUCAAUCCCUGGGGACCGCAUCGCUGCGGCCCUCGGCCAGGAGGAAGGUGUACGCUAUGCCGCUGAAGAGGACCGGCGCCGCCGCAAUACGGCCGCCAGUGCUCGUUUCCGUCAGAAGAAGAAGCAGCGUGAGCAGGUCCUCGAGCGCACUGUCCGCGAGACCACCGAGAAGAACGCCUCUCUCGAGGCUCGCGUGGCUCAACUUGAGAUGGAGAACCGUUGGUUGAAGAACCUCUUGACUGAAAAGCACGAAGCCACGACUCGGAUGCCACCGCCUCCCGUGGAUAGCGGCGCCUUAGAACCCAAAUCAACUGGUGGCCGGGGCCAAAAAAACAUCCAGCCUAAGAAGAAGGGUGUGGGCACUGACGAGUAA